GUCAGUCCGCUCGGAGUUUCAUUUUCAAAAUUAGUCAAGACGGUCGUUGUAACAGUUUCGCAUUUAACACUUUUCCUGAAUAGAUACCGAGUACCUGUUGCGUACACUAUCACAAUGCACUGUGCCAUUUAUUUACUGGCCUGCUUGGCUGCAUGUGUCGUCAAAAGUUCCUCAGAACCGGCCAAUCUGGAAGCAGCCAGUGACUCGAAUUCCCAAGGCGCCUUUCAGUGGCCAGAAGGAAUGGGAAUGGGGUCACCGGAUGACGAUGGAAUGGUGUUGGUCAGACGUAAGCGUGAGUUGACCCCGGUACCGACGACACCGACCACCACCACCAUAACAACACCGACUACCACGACUACCACCACUCCUACCACAACGACUACGACAACAACACCGACCACCACCACGACCACUACCACACCAACCACCACGACCACUACCACCCCGACCACAACAACGAUCACCACCACAACUACCACGCCGACAACCACUACGACGACCACUCCAACAACAACGACUACCACGACCACACCCACAACAACAACAACCACGACGCCCACAACUACAACAACGACAACCACGCCGACAACAACCACGCCCACUACAACAACAACAACAACGACGACUACCACCACAACCACGCCUACUACCACUACUACAGCAACGACGACGAAGAAAACUACAACGAGACGUACCACAAAAAAACCGAACAAUUCCGCUGUGCAGUUGAUAUCGGCGCUGCUGCAGGCUCUAACCGGCCGGCCCUACCUGUCAUCCAACUCGCUGGUGCAUUCCAUUCUGCCUAUGCAGCCGGUGGCGCCCAUGAACCCCACCGUGGCGCUUCUGGCCGCGCUCCAAGGACGACCUUUACCAAUGAUGUACGGGCAAUACGGCGCCGGCCGGCAGGAUUCACCGGCACCCACCGGUACUAAUAAUGCGGGAUCGUCGGCGGCAGCGGCACAGUUGGUACAGUCCAUGUUAGCGGGAUCAAUGGGCAGCCGGGGAAAUGCCGGGAAAUCCUCGUAGAAUUUUUUAUUGUUCACGCGCAUUCGUUACUGUGUACUACAAGUACUUUACACGCAUUGCGCAUAUAAUAUAAUCGUAUAUGCACUGAUAUCUUGUUUUGUGAUGCACAUUAACUGGAUCGCACAUGUGAUACCCGUAAUUCGCUUCGUGGGUCAAUAUUAAAUUACUUACUGGAAGUCUAGAGACGAGAAGAUGUUGCAUUACAGUA